AUUAUAGUUAAGCAUCAGAAACAGAAAAGAAUGCAACAGUCCAUGGAUUAUUAAAAAAGAUGCUGUCUAGAAAUAUUCUCAACUGGUUAGUGCUGCUACUGACCCUAGCUACUGUUACCAGGAGUGAGCACUAUCACAUUGUGCCGGUGGAUUCAACCAGCUUGUGUCAUGACUAUCGAAAUGGAACCUGCUUUACUCUCGAGAAACUUCAAACAGACCUGUUAUCUGGUGGAGACAAUCUCACCUUGAGCUUUCUACCUGGAGAUCAUGUGUUAACUGAGCAGUUAUUGAUUAGUAAAUUUUCACAUGUGCAUAUUACUGGCCAAAACGAAUGUACAACUGUAGUCAGAUUCAAUAGCAAAGGUGCGAUACAUUUUGUUAAUGUUACCAAAUUGAGUAUUGAAUGCUUGGGUUUCAUUGGAGCGAAUGUUGGACCACCAAACUCACAUCAAAGAUUGAUCGUUGACGGUGCCCACGAUGUCUAUAUCAACCACUGCUACUUUAAUUACGCAAACAGCCACAUAGUUAAGAUUUUUAAUACUCGAACUGCAACAAUUGAGAGCACUCUUUUUAUGAACAACACUGGUCGGGCACUGCACGUUGAGGCUGAUGAUGUGUAUAUAACAAAUAGCAAGUUUACUAGAAAUGAUGGAGGUGCAGUUUAUACUAAAUCAAACAACACACUGAUCAACAACACAGAGUUCAACUACAACAGUGCCCUGAGUGGAGGAGCAGUAAAAAUGUUGUCUGGUACUCUUGUGAUCACUUGGUGUAACUUCACAAGCAGCAAAUCUUUAAAGCAUGGUGGAGCAAUUCAUGUUAACUUAGGUAGUGUGUCUAUCUCCAAAUGUGAGCUGACAAACAACUGUGCUGGCUAUGGUGGAGCGAUUUUUGUUAACUCAGGCAGUGUGUCUAUCUCUGGCAGCACACUGAAAAACAACCGAGGUACCUAUGGUGGAGCGAUUUAUACUAACUCUGGCAGUGUGUCUAUCUCCAACAGUGUGUCCAUCUCUGGCAGCACACUGACAAACAACAGUGCUAACGAGAUAGGUGGAGCAAUUUAUUGCUCGGGAAGUAAUAUGUCCAUCUCCAAAUGUGAGCUGACAAACAACCGAGGUACCUAUGGUGGAGCGAUUUUUACUAACUCUGGCAGUGUAUCCAUCUCCAACAGUGUGUCUAUUUCUGGCAGCAUACUGACAAACAACAGUGCUAACAAGAUAGGUGGAGCAAUUUAUUGCUCGGGAAGUAAUAUGUCCAUCUCCAAAUGUGAGCUGACAAACAACCGAGGUACCAAUGGUGGAGCGAUUCAUACUUUCUCUGGCAGUGUGUCUAUCUCCAACAGUGUGUCCAUCUCUGGCAGCACACUGACAAACAACAGUGCUAACGAGAAGGGUGGAGCGAUUCUCGUUCACUCGGGCAGUAGUAUGUCCAUCUCCAAAUGUGAGCUGAAAAAUAACGGAGGUUCCGAUGGUGGAGCGAUUUAUGUUAACUCAAGCAGUGUGUCUAUCUCUGGCAGCAGUGUGUCUAUCUCUGGCAGCACACUGAUAAACAACAGUGCUAACGAGACAGGUGGAGCAAUUUAUUGCUCAGGAAGUAAUAUGUUCAUCUCUAAAUGUGAGCUGACAAACAACCGAGGUACCUAUGGUGGAGUGAUUUAUGUUAACUCAGGCAGUGUGUCCAUCUCUGGCAGCACACUGACAAACAACAGUGUUAACGAGACGGGUGGAGCAAUUUAUUGCUCAGGGAGUAAUAUGGUCAUCUCUAAAUGUGAGCUGACAAACAAUCGAGGUUCCAAUGGUGGAGCGAUUUAUGUUAACUCAGGCAGUGUGUCCAUCUCUGGCAGCAUACUCACAAACAACAAAGCUAACUACUAUGGUGGAGUGAUUCAUGUUUUCUCAGGCAGUGUGUCUAUCUCUGACAACACACUGACAAACAACAGAGCUGACUUUGGUGGAGCAAUUUAUGUUAUCUCAGGCAGUGCGUCUAUCUCUGACAGCACACUGACAAACAACACUGCCAAUAUGAGUGGUGGAGCGUUUUAUGGUAACUUAGGUAGUACUGUGUCCAUCUCCCAUAGUACGCUGAAAAACAACAUAGCUUUCUACGGAGGAGGGAUAUUUCUGAAAGUAUGUACGCUCUUUGUAAAUGAGCCAAUAGAGAUCUAUCACAACACAGCACACCAAGAUGGUGGAGGCAUUUAUGCUCAUUCAAGUAAAGUUGAAUUUCAAUCUGCGUUACGAAUUCCUGCAAAUGUACAAAGUGAGAUUGCUGACAACAUUGCUGAGAAUGGUGGAGGUAUUUAUGCAGUAGCUACAACCAUUAAACUAACUCAUUCACACGUUAACAUUGACUCAAACACAGCAACUGCUAAAGGAGGUGGAGUGUUUCUACAGCAAAGUUCAAAACUUUACUUAUUUAAGAAAGAGUACGAAGAUGUGGCAGAAAAGCCUCUUGUCACAUUAACAAUUAACAACAACUCGGCUCAGUACGGAGGGGGGAUAUUUGUAGCAGAUAACACACAAAAGAGUGUGUGUGGAGGAGAGGUAACAGAAAAUGGUGCCGUUUUUGAGGACUGCUUUAUUCAAACAAUGGAUGUGCAUAUAUUCAAGCUGAAAUUAAACUACUUCAACACAUUCAUGACUAACAACACAGCUACCCAGUCAGGAGCAGACAUCUAUGGAGGUCUGUUGGACAGGUGUACAGCAAAUAGAAAUGCGGAAUAUCAAAAUUCCUUAAAUGGAUUGGACUACAUAAAAAAAACUGUAAAACCCUCCACUGAGUUAUCAAUCUCCUCUUCACCUGUUCAAGUAAUUAUUUGUAACUAUUCACAAAGUGACUUUGUUCUUACUAGAAAAGGACACACAUUUAAAAUCAGUGUUAUGGCUGUUGACCAAGUUGGAAAUCCAGUGAAUGCAACAAUUCAAAGUUCAGUUGUCAGUGAGAAUGGAGUUGAUCGCCUCAAAGAAGGACAGGCAGAACAAAGAGUUGGCAAUCAGUGCACAGAAUUAGAGUACAAUGUAUUCUCACAAGACAGCUUUGUUCAAGUGGAACUCUAUGCCAAAGGUCCAUGCAACAAUUUGGGAAUUUCAAAACAAUUUAUUAAUAUAUAUUUUCUACCCUGCACAUGUCCUAUUGGACUGAAACCAAUUCUGUCCCAAAUUGAGUGCAAGUGUGACUGUGAUCCAGUCUUGCAACAAGGAUAUCAGAUAGGAAACUGCUCAGAGAAAAAUGAGACCAUAAAGCUGGAAAGUAACAUAUGGAUAAGAGUCGCAAAUACCACCAACGGAACAGGUUAUGUUGUUAGUAACUGUACUUUUGACUAUUGUGUAGAAAAACCAGUCAUUAUCAGUCUAAGCAACCCUGACGAUCAGUGUGCUUUCAAUCGAAGUGGUAUCUUGUGUGGAGAAUGUGAACCAGGACUGAGUCUUGUGUUAGCUACAUCCAACUGUAAAGAAUGCUCUAAUCUUUACCUUCUUCUACUAAUACCAUUUGUGCUGGCAGGCAUAUUGCUUGUUGCUUUAAUUCUGGUGCUCAACAUCACUAUAGCAAUGGGAAUGAUUUAUGGCCUUAUUUUCUAUGCGAACAUACUAGCAGCUAAUAAAGUCAUUUUCUUGCCUAAUUUAUACAAUUUUUUAACAAUUUUUGUAUCAUGGUUGAAUCUUGACUUGGGAAUCGAAAUAUGCUUUUAUGAUGGAAUGAACUCUCAAGCAAAAGUACUUCUUCAACUUGUCUUUCCCGCUUACCUGUUUCUUCUUAUGUUUCUUGUUAUCAUUUUAAGCAAGUAUUUUGACUCAUUUUCAAAGCUCCUCUCCAACAGGAACCCAGUUGCUGCCCUAGGAACACUUGUCCUUCUCUCUUAUUCCAAACUCUUACGGUUUAUUAUUGCUGCACUACGAUACAGGGUCUUAUAUUAUCCUGAUAAUACAAGUGAUAUAGUUUGGCUGUACGAUGGCAAUGUGCAAUACUUCACUCCUGAUCACAUCCCUCGGUUUGUUGCUGCUGCUAUAAUCCUCAUUACUGGUGGAUUGUUCACUGUAUUGCUCUUCUUUGGACAAUGGUUUUCACGCUGUUCAAAUAUUAUGAUAUGGACCAAGAAUACGAAGUACAAUGGCUUCAUGGACGCAUACCAUGCUCCAUUCACUCCCAAGCAUCGCUACUGGGUGGGACUGCUCCUCCUUGCACUGAUUGCUCAUAAUAUAGUAACUGCUAUGGCUUCAAACACUUACCUCCCUAUUCUAUCAUCUGGAGUUCUAUCAGUUGGACUGAUUGGAUGGAAACUAUUGAAUAAUCGUUUGUAUAAAAAUACAUUCUGUGGUUCCCUUGAAACUCUGUAUCUACUCAAUAUUGCUACUCUAGCAUUUGGCACCUUCUAUGUCAAAGAUACCAAGAAAAAUCAGUCAGCACUAGCCAAUAUUUCGAUUGCUAUAUCAUUCACCUUAUUUGUCACAACACUCUGCUACCAUUUUUACCAAUUUGUACUCAAGAAGAGUAAUACAUGGCUGAAGAUAGAGGACACCAUAAGGAACUUACGAGCUGGUGCUGCAGACAUGAGACUCCGACGAGCUAACAAUGUCCGAGAAAUGUAUCAGCUGGUAGCUGAGGAAAACGAUGAAGAUCAAUUACUCGAAGUAGUAGACGACUAUGAACAAAGAGACGCCUUGAACCCACCUUACACUGAUGAAGCUGUGGAAGAAGCUGACCCUGAUCGUUACAUCACUCCUCCCAUUAUCAGACCAGCCACGAGGCCCGAACAGUUGAGACUUUCCUACAUGGAUGAACUAGCCCCCCUCACCACAGAGGACUACAGACCAGCCCCUCCCCCUCCAAGAGUCAACCAUUGUCCUGCUGUUACACACACAGAAAUCGGCCCCAUACGCAAUGAAAUAUGACCUGUAUUAUUAAAUUUUAGCUAAGGUACCCCAAAAAUGUUAAUGUU